AUGCAGGCUCACUCAGUCAUCCUUCUUGCCUUCGGUGUUCUCUUGCAAGGUGCUUCGGCAUUCACCUACUGCAAGGCAGCUCCUGGAGAUUGUAACCGAAAUAACUGUGAGGAAUACAAGGCUGUGCACGAAGACCCGUUGAAAGUCUGCAAAGCUAGGUGCAAUGCCAACGCCAACACCUAUGACUGCUGCAGCGGUGACAUUUACUGCCCUUGAGCAGGCCAAACUGGCCCACGUCCACCCGAGAUGGAGUCGGUAUCGGCACAACGUAAUGCACCAUCAGGUCUAUGCCCACGGAUAACAUUUGCGCAUCCUUGGCAAGCGUAGGCUCAAGCCUGAACAAGGAGAGGAUGCAGGAUGGCUCUUGGGGUGGAGGAGGUCACGCUGGGUUUAUAAGUUAAGAGACUUCCGCUUGGAGUCAUCGAAAUUUAAGUGUGCCAGAAUGAAUGCCCCGCCAGAGUGAAAUUGUGAGCUAG